AUGCCAACUUAUGCUAAGUUUAUGAAGGACAUUCUCACAAAGAAAAUGAGGUAUACGGAUCAGGAGACCAUCAAUCUUGAUGUUAGUUAUAGUGUUAUCAUUCAAAGAAUUAUCCCAAGGGAAGAAAUAGAUCCUAGGAGAAUUACAUUACCUCUCACCAUAGGAAAUGUAUACAUUGGCAAAGCGUUGAUUGAUUUGGGUUCAAGGAUAAACCUAAUUCCAUUGUGUGUGGUUAAGCGGUUAGGUAACAUUGAAGUGAAGCCUACAAAGAUGACAUUGAAGUUGGCUGAAAAAUCUACCACUCGUCCAUUAGGAGUAGCUGAAGAUGUUUUAGUUAAGGUGGACAAGUUCUUGUUUCCAAUUGAUUUUGUUGUGAUAGAUAUGAAAGAGUAUGAUGAUACACCUUUAAUUUUAGACCAACGUUUCACGAAAACCGCAAGAAUGAUGAUAUAUAUUGAUGAUGGCUUAAUUAACGCUCGUGUUCAAGAUGAAGAAGUGUGUUUCAACCUUUUUGAAGUCAUGAAACUCUCAAAAGAUGAAGGAGAUUAUUUUUGGAUGGAUGCCACCGAUGAAGCCGUUAUGGAUGUGAGAAGACAAGUUCACUUAUCCACUCCUCUAGAGAAAGCUCUAACUGAUGCACUUAAAGUUCUUAAAGAAGAUGAAGAAAAAGAGAUUGAAGAAUGCUUGAGAGAACUUGAGUCAUUAGAAGAAAUUCCUCCUCUUGAAGCCAAAGUUGAAGAAUUGAAAGAUGAACAAAAGAAAGAUGACUCUAAAGUUAAAUUGAAGAUACUACCCUCACAUUUAAAAGUAUGUGUUUCUUGA